AUGCUGAAAAAAUUCGCCCAGGACAAGCGUAUGGCUGGAGCUGGAGACAAGACGUCGAUGCGCGAUCUCAGCCAGAUGCUAAAAAAGAUGCCUCAAUAUCAGAAAGAGCUUUCGAUGUAUUCGACACAUUUCCAUUUGGCAGAAGACUGCAUGCAGACGUAUCAGAACCACGUAAACAAGCUCUGCAAAGUGGAACAGGUGAGUUUUAAUUGGUUAACACUUUUUCAUCACUAUGAGUUUAUCCUAUUCUGCCAGGUUUCCUCAGCUGCUUUAUUUAAAAACAAUCAUCCUGAUUUUUCCUUGGCACUAGAUAUAGUAGAUUAA